AUGGAGACCAAAGUUCUAUUAUUACAAAAUGAACUCAAAUCUGAUUCAUCACUCCUGGCCCUUAAAUCGUUGACUGAUCUAAAAAACAAUAUAUUGAGUGCUCUAUCAAAUGAGUUACAUCAUGCACAUCGUGAAAAUGAGAUCAUAAAGACAUUUGUUGAUAAUGAUAUACCAGAUUAUGGUACUAUAUCCACAUCAACUUUUACAUCAAUCAAUUAUACAACAGUUCAUGGGAAUGAGAAAUUUUUAAAAUGCGAAGAUGAACUAGGAAUUGGACCUAACAUAGUUGACAGAGGGGCUUCUCUGGUAAAAUAUGGUUCUAACGAAUUUUUUGAGCUGCAAAAUAUUUGGAAAAACGUAUUAAAUGAGUCAAUUGAGGAUAUCAAAAGGUCCAUUAUUAAAGAUAGAAUCACCAAGAUCUCUAAUUCUGACAUUGAAACUAUCUAUAAUCAUAUUUUGAAGAUAUAUAACAUGUAUUUUAAAACAGUUGAAGAGAGGGAAAAUAAUCACAAAUUAUGGUUGAGACUAAAAAUGCAUACGCGUUCAAGGAUCAAGUUUUUAAAUGAACUUUCUGGAGAAUUUAAGGAUAAAUUUGGUGUCUGUGAUUCUAUAAAUACAAUCACUUCCAUUUGGUCUAAAACUAAUGGGAAUCUCAGUAUGGACUCACCAAGGACUGUUCAUAAAACAUAUGAUUUAGUUCACCAUGAAAAUAGUAAAAAGGAUGAAACAUUGGUUGAAAAUCCUUCUAUUGUUGAUAGCAACACUUCAAAUCUCAUAAAUCGCAAUUUGAGUAAUGAUGGGUUGACAUAUAAUACACUUUCAAGGUCGACAUUGCAAAGUAUAUGUUCUUCAAUUUCCGAGGAUUCAAAUCUUUUAAAACUCUUUGAAUUAACAAAAUCCAUAGAACAAUUUAAAAUUGCAGCUAAGCAUAUUUAUAUGAAGUACGGAGAUGACUUAAUGUCAUAUGCGGUAUUCAACAAUGUAGUCCUGUUUUUGAUGCAAUCAUUACAUCUACCAACUGUUUAUAAUAUUACGGUUGAACAUAUUUUAAAUAUUUAUGGCAUUGAUCCUGGAUCUAUGAUAGACUUGAGAACAUUUACACUUAUGUAUUGGGAAGUAAUUAACAGUGUAAAAUUUCAUGUUGAACAAUUAUAUUCGGUAAAUUAUACAAUGCAAAGAAAUCCUAUACUUUUCAAUGUCAAUUCUCAUAUGACCUCAUUUAUAAAUAUUUCAGAUCAUUACAAUUUUGUUAAAAAAUUGACAACUGGGAAAUCUUGCACCAAAUAUCUUGCCAAAGAAAUUAGCACUGGUGAAUUGAGAGUAAUUGAAUUAAUUUGCAAGAUACCAGGUGCUCCAAAUUUUGAUGAAGUAAUUUCUGAAAUUAACCACCUUAAACAACUAAAUGACCAAAAUCUUGUAAAAUAUAUCGCAGCGUAUCACGAUUAUAAUACCGUAUAUGUUGUUUCAGAGUUUUGCCGAGGGCUGUCAUUGUUAAAUAGACUACAACUAAUUUCAAAGGGGCACUCGUAUUAUACCCUAUCAUUUGUUCACAUUGUAUUUGUGCAACUGAUUGAAGCUUUGCUAUAUUUACAUUGUAAUAAUAUCACACAUGGUUCUCUGACUCUCGAUAAGAUCAUGCUUGUAGAAUCCGAAAGUACCCCUCAAAUUAAACUAAGGGGUUACGGUAAUAAUUUAAUAUUUCGUAUAAACUAUACAGGAUAUUUCGAUUUCAUAAACACGGGUUCAGAUCAAUCAACUAUGGAAAAAAUACAUGCUGCUCCCGAAGCAUUGGAUGGAAGAUUAGUUCAAAAAAGUAAUAUAUGGUCAUCCGGAAUAAUAUUAUUACUUCUACUUACAGGAAAAUUUCCAACUGAAAAUGUAGAAUCACCAAAUUUCAUGAAUCAAGUGGUAACUAUGCUUUCAAACUCACAGAUUUUCCCUUGUAAUGAGCACAUUAAGGACCUUGUUUGCAGAAUGUUAUCAUCAAAUAUGGAAUUAAGACCUUCUGCCCUGGAAAUUGCAAAUCAUCCAUGGUACUCCUUAACGAAUUUACCAAAUGAACCCAGAAAUAUUGGUCACCUCAAAAGUACUUUAAACGACUUGUUGGUAAGAAAUAGUAUGAAGCGCAACAUUAUUGAGAUUCUUGAGAAACAAACAUCCUUCCACAUAAAUAAAUUAGAAAAGGUUAUCAAUGCAUUGAAACUAGCGAGUGCAUCCAAAGAUCCUGAUAUAGUUCACUCUCUGGAUUUUGAACGUAUACUAAUGCUAGAAAGGUUGUCAGAAGAUGAUAUUUUUUACAUUAUAAAAUACACAUCUACAAAGAAUGGAAAGUGUUCAAUAAAAGAAUUUUCUUCUGCUUGCAAAUUGUGGAAGAUAUGCGAAAUAAACAUGCUUUGGCUCACCUUCAUGAAACGAUGCAAGGUAAACGGAGUGUUUUACGCAUAUUAG